AUGGAACCCUCAACCAAGAUCUCCCCUUCCCCAUCACCAUCCUUCCACAUCAACACCAUCCUCGAAUGCGACCUGCAUUCCAUCCCCCAAACCUCCACUGACGUCCGUAUCCUCUGGAGCACCAUCUGCACCCAAUACUUCCCCUCUCCCAGAUUCAUCCAAAGCAUAGAAAAGCAAGUCACAGUGGACACCGUGCUGUCCCACGAGGGAAGCUUCUUCGAAUGCCUCGUGGUUCGCUCAUGCAAUGCUGAAGUCCCCGAUGAUUCCAAGGACAUUCCAAUUUUUGUCAUUGUGUAUAAAGAUGCCAGCCAAGAUACCCAGGUCGGAUGGACGCAGGCGACGACCCAGAUGCUCGAGUACUGUCGAGAGAGUCUAUCGGGGGAUAAGAGGGUCUAUGGCGCGGUGGCGAUUGGUACGAAAGUGAGGCUUUUUUGUUGUUCUUAUCCUGUAAUCAACCCGUCUAUCGAGGAUGAUUUUGAGUUGAAGUUGGAAGAUGAUGCUGAUAGAAGGGGCCUGGAGGAGGUUUUGAAGGUUAUUAGGAGGCGUGGGAGGAAGUGGGCGGUUAGUAUGCAUAGGUGA